AUGCUCCAGUUCCUGCUUGCAUUUACUUUUGGCAACUUGGUUGGAAUGUAUCUGGCUCAGAAUUAUGACAUACCAAACCUGGCUAAAAACGUUGAGAAAUAAAAGGACUUGGAUGCCAAGAAGUAACCCCUUAGUUCAUGA